UUUGUUGUGGCGUGAUGCGUUAUUAGACGGACCACUGUUGUAGAAGCACCUGUCCUGUCCACCGAAGUAAUGGCGGGGAAGGCUGAAACCGGUUUCUGUUAAAUGCAAAAAAAAACGUAAUGCGUCGGUGGCGAGAUAAUCUAACAUUUAACAAAUUAUUAAAACUACACACGAGUUAAGUAGGUUGCUGUAUUAUGGAUAACACUACAGUGUCACAACAUUCGGAUGCAGGCUUGGAAGAAGUGAGAAUUCGUCUUUGCGAUGAGUUCGCUUCAAUCACUGGUGCGGACACGGCAGUGGCUCAGUGUUACCUUGCCGAAAAUGACUGGGAUGUGGAAAGGGCUUUAAACUCUUUUUUCGAGGCAGACACGAAAGCUGUAUCUGAUGAAUUUGAAGAUUUGCCAGACAACAGUGCCACUUCUAAAAUGAGUAGCAAGCAGUCGUCGCUGACCGAGAACGUGGACUGCUUUCCCUUUCGUCCUUACAGCAUUGACCUGACUGGUGACGAUACUCCCUGCUCAAGUAGCACAACAGUACCAGAGGUCACGGAAGGACCAACUGCACAAGGCCAAGGGGGAGACGAUGCGGGGAAGCUGUCUCUUCUCACGUGGAACGUUGACGGCUUGGAUACUGUCAACCUUGGGGAACGCGCUCGAGGACUGUGUUCAUACUUGGUCUUGUACACACCAGAUGUGGUGUUUUUGCAAGAGCUCAUUCCAUCCUACGUGCAGUACCUGAAGAAACGUGCAGUCAGCUACACCAUCAUUGAGGGAAAUGAGGACGGGUACUUCACUGGCAUUAUGUUGAAAAAGUCUCGAGUCAAACUCUUGAAGAGUGAGAUCAUCAGUUACCCGACGACACGGAUGCUGAGGAAUCUGCUUGUGGCUCAGGUGAGCUUCUCUGGCCAAGAGCUGUGUCUGAUGACAUCACACUUGGAGAGCUGUAAAGAGCAGGCCAAGGAGAGGAUGACCCAGCUGAAGACGGUCCUGAAGAGAAUGAGCGAGGCCCCUGACAAUGUCACCGUCUUAUUUGGGGGAGACACCAACCUUCGGGAUGCUGAGGUAACCAAGGUGGGCGGCCUCCCCGCCGGCGUCUGCGACGUUUGGGAGUGCCUGGGCGAGCAGGAGCACUGCAGGUACACCUGGGACACCAAGGCCAACAGCAACAAGGGCGUCCGCUACGUCAGCCGGUGCCGCUUCGACCGCGUGUACCUGCGUCCGGCCCGGGAGGGGCCCCGCGUGGCCCCCGAGCACAUGACCCUGGUGGGCCUGGAGAAGCUGGACUGCGGCCGCUACACCAGCGACCACUGGGGCAUCUACUGCGGCUUCAGCCUGGGGUCACGUGACUAAGGCCGGGGUGUAGGUGGGGGUGUGGCCUCACCACCAGAGGCCUGCAUGAUGGCCCUGGGAGAAGCACUGCUGUUGUGCUCUUGAGCAAGGCACAAACUCCAAAUUGGCUGGGUAAAAAUCGACCCGUGGAAUGGAAUAUGUGCUGCAUUCUAAAUUCAGAAGGGCACGUCUCAACCAAAUUUCAGGUAAUAAACUGUCCUUGGCAGUGGGGCCGGUCCAACUGCCUUCUGUUGUCUGGAGAACAUGCAACGCUCCUCAGUCAGACUCCUCUGAUGUAUCGUAAGUUUUAAAAAAAAUGUUUGGUUGCAUCAUGUUUCAUCAUGUUCUUAAGAGAAAAUAAAGUUCCCAGUCCUCCUUUUAAUAAAUAAUGCUGCUGCUACAGGAGUACGUGAUGAAGUAGGUAAAAGCAAGUGAGAUGCAGCCUGUCUGUAAGUGGUUUGAUGGUUUACAGUUCCUAGCUGAGCUUAAGUAUUUUAAUAAUGGGGGAUAGUGGGGUGAGCACAUUGCCUGCCUUAUUUCAUUCUGCUCAGUGCAUUCAUUGCUACUGAUGUUCCACUACAGUGUUCCCCAGAGCUUUCUCAUAAACGUUUCUGCCCUUGUCAUUGGCUGGGAUGUUCCCUUUUAUGGGGGAGUUACUACUGUUUAUUUGGUGAUGGCUGUGUACUGGGAUCUUGCUUGUUGAUAACCAAUGAUUGCCCUUUACUUAAUGUUUUAAGUCUUGCAAAAUUAAUAAAAUAAAUUAUUACAGUGUUGAAA